AAUCAGACUAGUGUUUAGUCUGUCUUGUAAAGUGGGAGUGAGCAAGUGUCCGCCAUCAUAAAUCGACCGGUCGAAUGUCAUAGUUUUAGAUACGUUAAGAUGAUUCGCUUCAUAUUGAUACAGAAUAGAGCUGGCAAAACUAGGUUAGCCAAAUGGUAUAUGCACUUUGAUGAUGAUGAGAAACAAAAAUUAAUUGAAGAAGUUCAUGCAGUAGUAACAGUGCGAGAUGCCAAACAUACCAAUUUUGUAGAGUUUCGCAACUUUAAAAUUGUCUACCGAAGAUAUGCAGGCCUGUAUUUCUGUAUAUGUGUUGAUGUGUCAGACAAUAACCUAGCUUACCUAGAAGCAAUCCACAACUUUGUAGAAGUUCUCAAUGAAUAUUUCCAUAAUGUCUGUGAAUUGGACUUAGUAUUCAACUUUUAUAAGGUAUAUAGUGUGGUAGAUGAAAUGUUCCUGGCAGGAGAAAUUCGAGAGACAAGCCAAACAAAAGUUUUGAAACAGCUGUUGAUGUUGUCUUCCUUAGAAUGAAUCCAUAAAGCUGUGAAGUUGUCAGCAAAUUGGUGCUGAAUAAACGGACUAAUGCUCGGGCAUUGCAUUCCUCCUGGUCAUUCAGGGCUGUUGAUAGAUCUUCAAUUUCUAUAUUGUCUUAAUGUAACACUGUAUAUGUACUGAAAUUUAAAUGUACUGUAUAUGCCCUAAAAUUUAGUACCCCUAGGAGGGGAACUGCACAUGAUGAGAUUGGUUACUCGAGUGUCUGUUAUAUUGCAAGGGUUAAAUCUGUACUAAGAAAUUUAACCUAUUUUGCCAAGUAAUGUUUUGUCAGGUGAUUUAUGAAAUGGUUUAGUUGCAUAUAAUUUUAGUGUAAAAUAGUAAAUGUGCAAUUGAACAAGUAAGUUUAAAUAUAAAUGUACAGUUGGACAAAUGUUUACAAGUAGAUAUAGAAUGUGUAAUCUGAAAAAAGUUUAUCUGGGCAAUAAAAACCCCUUUUAAUCAAGAUAUUUCCAUAGAUAAUGAGCAUUAUACUUUAACAUAGCAAAAAGAAAGGGAUGAAUAUUUUUUCCCCUACUAAAUGUUUAAAGAUCAUCCUCCAGCACAUUCAAGUUUGACAAAGAAAGCAGUAUGUAAAUAAGGGAUAAAUAACAUCAUCCAUUAGAUUUUUAAAGGGAUAACAAAUUCAUUUUGGCCAAAAAAA